AUAACAACAAAGAUAACUUAAAAAGUUGUAAUAUAAGUAAAGCGUAAAGUAGAAAAUAGAUAAAAAAAGAGUUACUAAAUGGAUAACUAUGAAAAUUUGAAUAAUUAAAUAGAAUAGUAAUAGAUGAAUAGUUAACAAUAAAAUAUAGAUGAUUAAGUUGUUUAAAAGCAAGAGGAAGAUGAAUAUAAUGAUGAAAAUAAUCUUGAAACUUUAAAUAAGGUUGAUAAAUUAUAAAAUGUUAUGAAUAAAGCUUUAGAGAUAGUUGGUUUAUACAAAAAUGAAAUUGAUGAAUUAAAAAGUAAGAUAGGUGAUAUGAAAGAAAUAAUUCUACAAAGAGAUUAGUAAGAUAAAGAAAGAGCUAUUCCUAUAAUUAACCAACUAUCUUUAAUUUAUCGAGAAGAAUUUAGUAAAUUAAUAGAUGAAAAUAAGUAGUUAGAAAACGAAUUAGCCACAGCUAUUAAAGAAAAAGAAGAAGUUGUGGAAUAGAUUUAUUCUUGCGUUGAUAAAAUUAGACUGCUCGAAGGAUAAGUAUUUAAAGGAGACAUACCUCCUUACUAAAAGAAAAAAUUAUUAGAACAAUAAUAAUAGUAAUCGAAUUUACAUUUAGUUGAUAGUAAAGCAUAACAAUAAUGA